GUGGUAUAAAGAUGAAAUGAAUCUUGUUGUUUACCAUGUGUUGGAAGACGUUAAAGUCAGUGAUGGAUAUUUAUUGACGGUUGAUAUAAAAGUAAAUGAUUAUAGAAGGAAGAAGAAGCAAAGAUCAUUAUAAAUAAAUACGAUUAAGUUAAAUAUGGAAUAGAAUGACCAAAAAGAAUUCGUACAUCAUUUUUAUAAAGAUCGCAUUCUGUGUAAUAGGUUUUUUAACUGAAAUUCAUUUAGUGUCAGGCCAUGACAGAAGCAACAAAAUCCUCUUUAUCUGCUAAAACAAUCAACAGUAAAACAGAAAAAAAAUAUAAGGGUAAUGAAACAAGCACAAAUCAAGAUUUAAUAUUAUGUUCUAGCCCUCAGAGAAAAAUUCUUAAUCAAAAUAGAUCUUCAAGUCCCGUUGUUAAUUUGCAUAGAGUUUUUAGUGCACUUACACCUUCUAAUAAAUCUCCUAAGGAAACAGAUGGAGUUAUUAAAGCAAGAGCCAGAACUUGUGAAUCUAGAUCACCUGUUCAUAAAGUACAGGAAGAAAAGAAAGUAUCUUGUAAUGAAAAUUCUACUCAAUCUCAGAAAAAAGAUAAAGACAUAAAUAGUAGGUUAAUUGUAAGAUGUGGAAGAAAUGUUAUGUGUAAAGAUUUUUUACCUUCUGAAAUGAAAUGUGAGAGAACUGAUUCUCCAAAGCGUUCGCUUAAAGAUUCAACAUAUGCUAGUAAUGAAUCAUUUAAAGUUGAUGGAAUGUCUGAUGGAAGUAAACACAGUGAAAAAGAUUCUCCUCAGUUUAAUUUGCAUUCACCCAAACGAUCUGCAACUAAUAGAACAUCAUUUAGAAGAAAUAUUUUACGAGAUUCAUCAGGUUCAGAAGAAAUAAACCAUGCCUCUUCUACAAAAAUUGAAAGUGGAACACACUAUAUUCGAUCUACUAAAGCUUCCAGAUUAAGGGCAAUGGCAAAUAAUUCUCUUUUAGAAACAAGCCCUUCUAAAUCAGAUUUUCUUAAUAAGCAAACAUCAUCUCCUGCAAAGCAAUCCAUAUAUUCUGAUAGUGGAAUAGCACUGCCAUCGAAAUAUUCUCUAAAUGAUUCAUCAGUUGCAGUCAUUGAUAUGAAUGAUAAUGUUUCUAAUAAAUCAAGUCACAAAAAAAUUUCUUCUUCCCUUGUUCAACAAAAAAGUGCCUAUAACAACAACAACUCUGAAACAAAACAUGAUAUUCUUAAAGAUAAAAGUUCAAAAAGAAAAUCAAAUCUCAAUCGAGCAAUUAUUAUAGAAGAACCUAGAUUAGUGCCUUUUGAUUCACAAGGUGAUUUAAAUACAAAAAAGCAACAAAAUUAUAUAGAAGAUGAUAUUCAAAAAGCAAGAUUAGAACAAAGAAAAUCUUCUAGUACAGUUUAUCAAUCUCAACAGUUUGGGCAAUUCUCCAAAUUAACUAAUAAUAAUAAGUGUGAUAGCAGGUUUAAUAGGAAAACUGAUGACUACAGACAAUCACCUGAACAUCAAAAACAGAAGUCUUCUCAGAAUGUACGAUCUGCCAAAACAUUUCAUCAACCUCAGGAAACAACUCAAAGAAUUUCACCACCUAAAGAAAAAAUCUUGAAUAAUCUCCAUGAACUGGACUCAACAUCAUUAUCAUCAAAUAAAAUAAAAAUUGAGAACUGUCAAACAUCAUCUUCAAUGAAAAACAAAAUACAAAAAGAUUUUAAUGCUUUAUCAUCAUCAUAUAAAAUACCUAGAAAAAUUGAACCUAAGGAUGAUUUCAUGUAUGAUCAAACUAAUUAUAAGAAAAAUUCGGAUGGUGAUAAAACAUUAUUAGAUUUUCAUUCAAAGACGCAAGAGUUACUUAAUUCAAUUUUAGAAUGUAAAAGACAGAUUGAAGAGAGUAGUAAUUCUAUUUUUAAAACAACUAGUGAUCAUGAUGUGAUGCAUGAAAAUGCAAGUGUGCAAUCAACAGUUGAUAAACAUGAGGAAAGUAAUCAUUCCAAAAACAUAGAUUAUGAAUCCCCUGCUAUUUAUUCAGUUUCAGUAAAGUUGUCCAAUCCAGUGUAUACUACUACAAGUAUUUGGAAUUCUGUAGGAAUGGAUUCUUCUAGUGAUAAAAAUAACCUUCACGAGGAAAUUACUAACUCCAUUAUAGUUCCUGAAAAAUUGAAUGUGCAAAAUAAUAUAUCAGAAGAUACUAAGAAAUUUUCUAAUUCUGAUCUUUUUAAAUCUGAUACUUUAAUUUCAAAUGACCAGAAAAUUGAAAAACAACAGAUCAGACCACGUACUAAAAGUUUAGAACACAUUAAAUAUAGCUCACUAUCUUUUGAUCUUGAAAUGAAACCACCACCAUCAAUUUUAAAAAGAAAGUCAAUUGAUGAGCAAGAAACAGAGUCAGUUUUAAAAUCAGUUCUUGAAGAUAAUGAAAUAAUAAGAAAACCACAUUCAAUAUUGAAGAAACGAGUUAAUUCUGAUGAAAAAGAAUAUUACAUGCAAGCUUCAGAACUUCAUUCCAUUCUGAAAAAAGCAAGUAUUGAAGAUGGCAGAGCACGUAGUAGUAGCAGUCCAGAAAUUCAUCCAAUUCUAAAGCAUAGAAGUUUUGAUGAUGGCACUAAUAUUGGACCAAGACCAAUUUUGAAAAAAAAAAGCAGUAUUGAAGAUAUUCAGUUUGAUACAUUUAAAUCAGAACCAAGACCUAUUUUGAAAAAGAAAUAUAGUUUAGAUGAUGAUUUGGAGGAACGACCAAGACCAAUUUUAAAGAGUCGGCGCAAAAGUCAUGAUGAAAGAAACUUUCAAGACAUUGAUUUAGGCGUACGAUCAAUUCUACGGAGAACAUCAGCCGAAGAUAUUUUUAAGACAAGUACUCAGCCAUCUAAUGAUUCUGUGUCAAAUGAAUUGUCAGUUUACAAAGCAACAAAUCAUUCAGAUGAAGUUGUAAAUGACUCUUUAUCUGUAGAAGAUACAGUUAAAAAUGAUUCUCAUAUUCCUAGUGAAUUAUCAAAAAAUACAGGUUCAACAUUGAAAUCCAAGUUAAAUAUACAGUUUCCAUCAUCAUCAUCAUCUGUUUUGAGAAAGCAUUAUAUUAAACCAAUACUUACACAUGAUGGAAGUUCAUUGAAUGAUAAAAUUGAUUCAACUAAUUUAUUUAUUAAAGACCAGUCAUUAGAAGAAAAUAAUAUUUCUGGAUUAACAAAUGAUAAAAUUAUAAAGAAAACUACAUCAUCUGAUACUAGUUUAAAAGAAGACCAAGUUAAGCCUUUGCAAAGUAUGCAAUCCACAGAGAAAACUAAAAUAUCAAGCAAUGAAAUCUCUGCCUGGAGAGCACGAUUUGAUCGGCGAAAUGUUGCGCGUUAUCAUACUCAACCAGUAACAUCAGGGGAGAUCAACGAGACAGACAGUUUAGAGUCAGUUCAGGCAUUUCGCUCCCUUAUAUUGAAGAAAACAUCAUUCAAUAUUUUUAAAGAGUUGGAGACAGAAUUGCCUUCAAAGUCAGAAACAAAACAUUCAAAGACUGAAUAUCCACAGCAUUAUAGACCAGAUAAACAGAAAAAUCGACGACAUGGAGACAGAUACCGAACACUGCCCAUUUCUCUAGAAAAAAUCAGCGAAGUUGAGAAAAUAGAACCUCUUCCAGUAUCAAGCCCAAAAUCUAAAGUAACAAUUACUGAAGAGUCAAAAAUUAAAGAGAGUACCAGUGGUGAUGAAUUAUCCCAAAUGAGUGUUGCUGCUAAGAAAUCUUUAUUCCAAAAAUUAGAGACAGAACAGAAACCAUCAAGCAUUCGGAGUCGAAUCGAUUUAAGAAGAAGAGCACCACGAUCUCAGACUCAGCCUAUAACUGAAGAAGAAUUACAUCAAGCUACCAAAAUGGUUGAAGAUGAAUGUUCAAGGAGAAACAGUGAAGAAAUAGAACCAUCAACAGUGGCAAAGGUUAUAGAACCUGAACCAGUAAAACAACCUGAACCACCAAAACAACCAGCUUCUGAUUCUGAAGAUGAUCCUUCAAAGUUAAGUUUAGCUGAUAAAAUGAAAUUAUUUAGUCAGAAAGUUACAGGAGAAAUGUUAAAACCAGGGCCUCCACCUCGGAGAAAUAGAUCUCUUGCUAGAUUUAAAACACAACCUAUAACUUUUGAAGAGAUUGACAAAGCAGCAGCAUUAUCAUCUCCAGAUGGUGCAGUGGAAAGUAAAUCUACUAUUGAAUCAAGUAAUACAUCAGUUCAUGAAGUUUUACAGAGGCAAGGCGUGAGAAUGUUACCCUGCAUUUCCCAGUUAAAAGCAGUUCUUGAAAGCCGUCAUCAAAUGAAUAAAAUCGAAGAUGACGGUGAAGACGAGGAGGAGGACGACGAUGCAAAGCAGAAAGGAAUUUUGAAGAUGACAAAAGAUUCAUACUCUUCAGAUAUUAAAGGUAUUCUCAAGCACGAAGGUCCACAAAUAGCAGAUUCAAAAGAGUUAAGCAAAGAAUUAAAAGGAAUCCUCAAAUCAAUAGAGGAUAGUCAUGGAGAAGACAAACCUUUACGAAGCGUCUUAAAACGAGCAGAAAAAGAAGAAUCUGAUUUAAAACCAAUUUUAAAAUCAGAAGCUAGUUCAGAAAGUGAGGAUAGCGAUUCAUCUCUGUCUUCGUCCGAAGACGAUAUCGACGAAGGAGGAAAAAUUAAUAAAUACAAAGGACCAAAAACAGUUUUAACUGGCGGACAGAGUCACUUGGUUAUUAAUCCAAUUUCGAGGCAGGAGUUGAGCCCUUCAAGAAAGAUUGCAAAUCCUGCUGUUCAAAGGAGAUUGAAUGCUGCAUUAAGAAAAAAAGAAGAAAAGAAAAGCGUGCAUGAAUUGAGAAGUCACAAUGUUAUUUCAUCAAAUACAUCAACUACUCAAGUUGAAAUUGAAAGUACAGUAACUGUGAAGUCUCAUUCUGCAACUGAAACUGAAUUUAUACCUCCACAAAGGAGCUUUACUCAACCUUUAACAUCCCUUGAAAAAGAAGGAGUUGUGAAAAGCUCCGGUGGAAGUAUAGCAGAAAGACUUGCUGCUCUUCAUAGAAGUGGAGAAGAACAGUGGCGUAAAAGAUUGACUUCAUUAAAAUCAGAUAAUCCAGAAGAGGAAAUUAAUACAUCACCAAUUCAAGCAUCAAAGCAGUCAUCAAAUUCACAGAAUCAACGCUCAUCUAUUAUUGCUGAUCGUCUAUCACUUCUUGAAGUUGCUCAAGAUCAAUGGCGUACCAGAGUAGAAGAAAAGGAUGCCACCAAAUUUACAGUUGCUGGAAAAAUGGGUCAAAUUGCUCCUCAGCAAAGCCCAUUAUUAGACAGAGAAAGAAGACAUCCUAAGCCUGUUAAAUUUAGAAGCAAAACAUCUAAUAUAGAUGAAGUCAUAAGAAAUUCAAAUUCUCCUCAGCAUAAACCUACUCCCAUAUCUAAAAGUAAAUCCAUGCCCAAUGCUCUAAAAAAAGACACAACUGUAAAUCAUAUCUCAUCAUCGUCAUCAGAAAGCGAAGAAGAUUUAUCUGCAACCAGAGUUUUGGUUCCAAAAGCAGAUAAUGAAACUUUUACAUCAUUUUUUGAAUCAGUUGUUGCGAAGAAGUCACAAGAAAAAAUAGAAAUACAAGAAAAAGUAGAAAUCAAUGAAGAUGUGUUAAAAGAAAUUACUUCAGAAUCUCAUCAAUUAUUAGCUCAUCGAAAAUCAGUAAGAUUACAGUCAAGACGAUCUGCUACACGCAAUCCAAUUCGUGCCUUAGCUUCACGCACAGAUCUUCAACAAGAAUAUCUAGAAGUGAAAACAGGUGUAGCUGAAAGAGAGCUACAAAGUAUAAAAGUAAAGCAAUUAAGUAAGACAUCAGAUUUGGCGUUAUCGGCUUUAGCCGGUCUUGCGAGUACAGAAGAUUUUAAAGCAGUUACUCUGAAAAAAAGUAGUACAGCAGAGGGAUGUGCCUUAUUGCCCAUAAAAGAUGUUAUGCUUGUGCAAAUUAAAGGGAGAAGACACAUUCAAACAAGAUUAGUAGAACCAAAAGCAACCAGUAUUAAUCAAGGCGAUUGUUACAUUCUAGUCACACACAAUCAAAUUUUUAAUUUGAUUGGAAAAUAUAGCAAUAUUAUAGAAAGAGCAAAAAGUGCUGAAAUUGCUUUAACAGUGCAACAGAAGAAAGAUUUAUGUUUCAAAGGCACUGCAGAUAUCUUAACAAUUGAUGAAACAAAAAGUCCCUCUCCUAAUGUAAAAGAAACUUUUUAUAAUAUACUUGGAGGAAAAGAAAGCGAUUGUUCUGAGGCAGGAAAUCCCGAAGAAGAUGAGAUAUACGAGGCAUUCAUUAUCGACACAAAUAUGGUAUAUUGUGUUGAAGACGAUACAUUGUCACCGUACCAAGAAUUCUGGGGUAGUCUACCUAGGAUAGAAAUGCUACAACCUGAUAAGGUACUGGUUUUUGAUUUUGGAAGUGAAAUGUAUAUAUGGCAAGGGAAGACUGCACCUUUCGAGAAAAGAAAAGUUGCGGUGGUGUUGGCAAAAGAAUUAUGGGAACAGGGCUACGAUUAUUCUGAAUGCGACAUAAAUCCUCUCAAUGCUAGUUUAGGUAGAUGAACAAAAAAUCUCUCUAAAGGGAUCUAAACGUCCCGAUUGGGCUAUUUUUGCCAAAAUUAAUCAACAUAUGGAACCAGUCUUAUUUAAAGAAAAGUUUUUUGAUUGGCCAGAUUUAUCUCGAAUAAUAAAAG